AUGUAUGCGGAACCCUCUUGGCGAAGGCACGUUGUAUGCUUUCUAACUUCGGUGGAGCUUGAGAUUCAAGCACUUGGUGCCUUUAUUCAGCUUUGUCAGGAUAUGCUUGGUUUUGUUAGUGAUAUAGAAGAUUUUCAGUUUCUUCAUCAAAAUCAUUUUUGUUUUGAUCAAGCCAGUUCCUGUUUGCAAGUUCAAGCAUUGCUUGGACUUGAUUGA